AUGUCAUACACUUAUCAGUUUAAAUUUAUCAUCAUAGGAGAUACUGGCGUCGGCAAGUCUUGUUUAAUGCUCAGUUUUAUUGAUAACCGCUUCAGAGACGACCAUGAUGUUACUAUAGGUGUGGAGUUCGGCUCAAAAAUCAUUGACAUUGAAAACACAAAAGUAAACCUGCAGAUUUGAGACACAGCUGGUUCAGAGUGCUUUAAAAGCAUCACAAGGUCUUAUUAUCGGUCAGCAGCAGGAGCCCUGCUGGUAUAAAUUAAUAGCGUUUAUGUUUCUUCCUGUGCCAUGCUUUAAGAGGAUUUUGAAUACAAAAUAUACAAUAUUGGGAAUAUUUACUUUUUUUUGAUACAAAAGAGUAAGCAAAAAGAGGGGUAGGAUAUAUACGAUAUAACAAAGCAAGAUUCCUUUAAAAAUGUUGCAGAAUGGCUUGGAGAAGCAAGAACUUAUGGACACCCUAAUAUGGUUACUAUGCUUAUUGGCAAUAAAAUCGAUAUCAGUGAAGAAAGGGCUAUUUCAAUUGAGGAUGGAAAAACAUUUGCUAAAGAAAAUGAUUUAUUAUUCACCGAGGCUUCUGCGAAAACUGGAGAAGGCGUAGAUCAGGCAUUUACAGAACUGAGUAGAGUCAUAUGUGAGAGAAUCGAAGAAGGGAUUAUAGACGUGAAAAUUCAGUCAUUAGGUAUAGCGCUUUCCCGAGGAUGGCGCGGAAUGGCGCCAUCCUCGGGAAAGUCAACUAAGCAUCCACACGGGAACUGGGAGUUCCACGUGUGGAUGCCAUUUUUGACAUGUGGGAUCCAAACUUCCACAUGUCAAAAUGGCAUCCACACGUGGAACUCCCAGUACCCGUGUGGAUGCCUUCCUGGCUUUCCCGAGGAUGGCGCCAUUCCGCGCCAUCCUCGGGAAAGCGCUAUAUCACAAUAAGAGGAGAAAUCAAAAAGAAUAGCAAAAAUAAAAGCGGCUGUUGCUAG